CAAAAACAUCAUCACGCGUCCUGGCAGCGCAGUGGUCAAGAUAGUAUUUCACAGCUCCCCAUCCACCAUGCGCAGCGCCAAAUCGAGCAGCUAAGAAACCUUACACAGGUGUGCAAGGAAUCAGGGGCCUGAACAAAGCACGCUAUGCCCCGUGGGACUUAGUCUCAACCGUAUCAGCCCUUCCUCGAUCCGAUCUCUGCUGCAUGGCUCGCCUAUCCUUCCCCCAGAUUCACACAGGAUGGCGGUCGGUGUCGUCUGCAGCGUGGUGGAGUUGCGAGAGUCAUCUCGGCGCGGCGUAUAAGUCACCCAGAUUCCCACCGAGGCGCCGACAGUCCGCCCGUCACCCCUCCACCGUCCGCUCUUGUCUUCGCAUAGCUUACCCCAGUGGUCGCUUUGCUUUCGCAUUGAUGCACCCUCCUGGCGCUUUAAGUUCCGUGAUACCUUGGAGAGCGACGAAGACCGCGCCUCCCGCGCUUGUGAGACGUCCUCCGGCGCGUCGUGUAAGUGCCCUCCCUGUUCCGAGCGCGCAAAGCCCAUUGAUUGGCGCUGGCAGCUCAUCUUACUGCAAGAUUGGGGCUUUGGAUAUUGAUAUCGACCAGACGGCCUGUUGCAAGCGUUAGAGAUCAGGACAAUUUGGCUUCGCCAAUUCCUGGCCCGUCCAGCUUUCCCUUUCCAGAUACCCCAAAGCUAAGUGGCCUCGAGGUGAGGGGUUCCUUGGCUGAGUUCAGUGUUGCUCAGCGUCAGCCGUCUAACGGUCACUAGUUCAGCCCAAGUGGAACC